AUGAGCAAGUCAUCGAGAAGAUCAAGCUUGGGGAGCGAAGCCAGCUUUGUCAGUGGGGAUGAUGGCCAACAAGAUGGAAAUAAUUCCGAGUGUCAAGCGUCGCAACAUAGCAAUAGUAGAGAGGAGAACAAUCACCCAGCUAUACCAGUAACAAAAUCGCAUGCUGCAUUUGUGAGCAAGCUAUACAACAUGGUGGAGGAUUCUGAGAUUCAACAUCUUAUUUCGUGGUCAGGCAACGGCGAGUUAUUCCGAGUCUAUAAUCCCACCACAUUUUCCAGAAAUGUUCUCCCCCAGUAUUUCAAGCAUAAUAAUUGGCAGAGCUUUGUACGUCAACUCAAUAUGUAUGGUUUCAAUAAGGUCAACGACAUGAUACAUUCGAAUCUUAAGAAUGAGAAUCAAACAUGGGAAUUUCGGCAUCCACAUUUUCGCCAAGGCUGUAUUGAUGAUUUGAGAAACAUUAAGCGUAAGAGUGUUCGAUCCCUUCGUGCCACUGCUCCCCUACCACCAUCAUCUGCCAUGGAUCAAGAUAACAAGGCUGACAUGUAUCACCGUGAAUACAACAUGAUUGAGGAUCGCUUGAAUUACAUAACACGAGGACACAAUGCCAUGCAAGAAGAGUUCUCAUCCUUACGAUUUGUGGUGGCACGUCAACAAGAGAUUAUUGAAGAGCUGGUCUCUCUUCUCGAAAACGUUAACCGGCCUCUAUCAACACCUGAUCCCCAAUCUUCUUCCUUUACUCCGAAUCCAAUGAUGUCUUCCAAGUAUGCAGAUUUGCGUAAAAAAAUUGCAGCCAUCCAAACACAGCUUCAGACUUUGUAUGAUCAUCCACAACAAUCCCAUAUGCUUCCAAUGAUGGAUUCGAUACAACAGCAGCAGCAACAUCCGCCACCACCACCACCACCAACAUCAUCUACUACAAGCGUAUCACCCGAUGGUCGAGAUAGCUAUCCUACUCUUAAAAUGGUAGCCAUGAACAAUGAACCUGUCGAUCCAUCACCCAACUCUGCCAGCUUACGAAUUCCUUCGGUUGGUUCCACACCCAAUCCCAUCACCAUGGUUUCCCCUCCUAUGCAACGCAAUUCAGGAAGCUGUCCUCCAAAUAGCAUGGAACCAAGUUUAGAAGGACGCAGUAAAUCCGCCAUCAUGGGCUUGGGAAAAGAAUCGUAUUUAUUGAAUCCAGCCGAUGACGAAUUGGAUCCAGAUACGAAACGGCGGCGAUCAAGCCCACCUUGA